UGCAGCAAGAGUGGUUGAAACUGCGUCUCUGCUUCCUCUUGUUGGCAGAACAGUGUGAAAUUACUGGCUUGGUGGUGGAAUUUGACCUUGCUUUUCCUUGUCUGGUUGGGAGACACCCCCCCAAGUUUGGAACAUCUGUACAUGGAAUAUGAGGAGGAUGAUGAUAUCUUCUUCGCAAAAUGGAUGAGCAGCUUCUGGGGCCACAACUUGAUUGAUGAGAAUGAGAAAGAGGGUCGAGGCCACAAGAAACAUUGGACACGAUUCUGUAAUGAGAGGAGAGCAUCCCUACCGGCCAAGCUUUCCUCCCUCCAUGCAACACGACUUCAUGAUUCUGCCAGAGGCUCAUCUUCAGGCCAUCUCAAGGGCUCCAAGGAAUUUCAAGAAGACCAAGAUGUCAAAUGCCACUGCCACAGGAAGGCAAGCAGAACACCUUCAGCAGACAGCUCAGGCCCAGACACAAGAUCAAAUUCCAUUCAGGAAUUUGCAGAGUCCUUUGAAAAGCAAUUGCAUCUCAAAAGCAAGCGCUCAGUUUCUUUGCAGCCUGAAGGCGCGAAGGAGAGACGAGAAAGAGAAAGAUUGCAUUUGAGAAAAAGCAAGUCUCAUAAGAGAAUGGAAGAGAAAUCAGAGCCAAGGAGAGAAGGAGAAGAAGCUGAAGUACCUGUAAAACACAACGAGCAGUUUUCAUCACAAGCAAGCAUUCAGAAAUGAUAUUUAUGCACAGGCAUCUAGAAUGCAUUGAGAUAAUUAAUUCUAACUCUCUCUCUGAAGAGCAGAGGGAGAAUUCUUAUUUUGUUUUGACUAGAAGAGGCCUGAUAGCUAGAAUAAACCCUAAGCUCUGAAACAAGAGUAAAAUUCAAC